AUGUUUGUAGGUGCCACCCUCAUGAGGGUUAAUGGCCUCUUUCGCCGACGCCUUUGGACGUUCCUGGACCACCCCAGUUGCAGCAUCCAUGCCUCUUGCGCUGUGUUUGCUGGACAUAACAAGUGGUCCAAAGUCAAGCAUGUCAAGGGACCCAAGGAUGCAGCUCGAAGCCGCGUCUUUCAGAAGCUCAGCAUGAUGAUCCGGCUGGCUGUAAGAGAAGGAGGUCCCAAUCCAGAGCUGAACACUAAUUUAGCCAAUAUUAUUGAGCAAUGUCGUAGCAAGAGCAUGCCGAAAUCUUCCAUUGCAGGAGCUAUUGCUGGCGGGGAGAAAUCUAAAUCCUUCUACCAGUUGUAUGAAGCGCGUGGUCCCGGCGGUGCCUCCCUUCUUAUUGAAGUACUGACGGACAACAUGAAGAGGUCUUUGCAGGAAAUCCGACGUCUUCUGAGCCAAAACGGGGCGCUCUUUGCUGACGGAGCGCGGCACAAGUUUGAGAAGAAAGGGAUUAUCGUGGUGGGCACCCAGGACCAGGCCGGCAAUCCUGUCAGCUUGGAACGGGCGCUCGAGCUGGCUUUUGAAGCUGGCGCUGAAGAUGUCCAAGAAGAGGAAGAUGAGGAGGAGAAAGUGACGCUGAAGUUCAUUUGCUCUGUGCCUACCUUGAGGCAAGUCCGUGAAAAGCUGGACACGCUGGGCCUCUGCUCGCAUUCGGUCAGCCUCGAGUACAUCCCGACUAUUACUGCCCAGCUGUCGGACGAGGAGAUGGAUCGGACGUCACAGCUGCUACAGGCACUCGGAGACUGUCAAGAUGUCAUACGAAUAUAUGACAACAUUGAAUAAGAUUACAGCCUAUCUCCAUAGUACC